CAAUUCUAUAAUAGAAUUACUCUAUUUUAGAGUGAAAUAUAAAGAAAAUUAUAGAGUACCAUUGGAGAUGAUCUUAACGUUACUUGCAAAACACAGUAACAUUUGAACUCUUCUUCUUUACGAUCUAUAAGAACUUUAUAGUUUGGUUGGCCAAAACAAAAGCACAUUUAAUAUAUUAAGCUACUUGUUGAAAUUAAAGUUGUUUAAUCUAAAACUUACUUUGUGAAUGCCUAGUGGAUUAAAUAUGUUAAUCACUGAUUACGUAUUAGAUUCGUGUAUUCGAGAUGUAUCUAGUCAUCUAGUGUAGUUCUAUAGUUUUUCUUUUGUAAAUUGUCAUCUUACAUAAUAACUUUGCACCAAAAAUCUUAUAUAAUAACUUAGAAAUAGGCUGCUGGAAAUAAAGUUACAGAUAUUUUAGCAUCACGUCAUCGUCAUAUAUACUUAUGAUAUUGAAAAGAACAUAAAAUAUCAAAUACAGCAAAUAGGGAGACAGGCAAAGUCGUGCAAUAUAUAGCCAUAGCUGUAUAUCGUUGAAGAUUCCACGCUUAAAGAAUCUUGAAACACAAAUUCGCAUCUCGAAAGAAGAAUCUAACCGGAAAGGUCAUGGUUCUCCGCAUAAUAUCAAGCUUUCGUCAUCUUUACAUUAUACGGAGAAGAAUAAUAUAUGUAAGAAGAGAGGUUGUAAAAGUCAUUCUUCACAUCAGCAUAAGAAAAAUAAAAUAUGCUUAAGACACAUAUAUUAACAUGCAAUAAUGGUUCAAGGCCAAGCAAAUCAUAUAAAGAGGGCUCAAUACUUGCACCUUUUGUUGAUCACAUAAAACCAAAUAAGAUUAAGAAAAUGAUAAUUUAUUCUUAGUUAGGGAUUAAUAAGUGGGUAACGUGUUCAUUAAUAGCUUUCCACAUUUGAUUGGGUGUGAGUAUAUGUGACACCUCGAUUUGCCAUAGCUAAAAAGAUUUGUAAUAAAUUAAUAUAUUCUUUUUUGACAAUAAAUUAAUUAGAUUAAUAAUAUCUAAUCAUAUUGGUUAAAACAUCACAGUAUCUUUUUACAUUUAUAUUUGUGUAGUAUGUGAUUGUUUUUAUAAGUUAUCUGCAUUUUUGUGAUUCCAUAGUAAUGUUUGUUAUGUAUUUAUUAAUCAAUAGUAAGGUUUGUUUUCUGAAACAUAUAUUAACAUAUAUAUAUAUAUAUGUUAAUAUAUAUAUAUAUAUAUAUAAGUAAAUAACUAAGCAGUGUUAGCUUGGUGAUAAAAAGAAAAUUUGGAGCAAUGCGUAAAUGUAAAUCCGUUAGUUACAGAUUCGAUUUUUACUAUGAAUUAAAUUGUUGUUUCCUUGGUCUGGCCAAACGACAUGCAUCAUGUUUUUUUUUCUAACCUGUACUGUUAAGUUUUAUUUAGAAAAUCCAGAUAUCAUUGAUAUCAAUUUUUUGGGUCUCGUCUCAAAUAUCCGGAUAUCAACAAAAAAACACUAACAUAUGAUGAUAUUAUAAAAAUAUAUAGCAUCCUUAAUCAAAACAUUUUGUUGCAUACGCAAGCACAAAAAUUUAUAUUUUUAUCAUAAAAAACGACCAAUUCACAGCUUUGACUUAAUUUACUUACAAAACACACAGUAACAUUUGAACUCUUCUCCCUUACGACAUAAGAACUUUAUAGUUUGUGUUUGGUUGAUAAAAACAAAAAGAAAUUUUAAUCAAUCCUUUGUGAAUGCCCUAUGCCUAGUGGAUUAAAUAUACUCAUCACUAGAGUUAAGUUACCUAUUAGAUUCGUGUGUUCGAAAGUUUCUGGUCGUCUAGUGCAGUUCUAUAAUUUCUUUUGUCAUCUUAUAUAAUAUAUUUUUCUCUUACGUCAUAUAUACAUAAUUAAAAGAUUGGAAAGAAUCUUUCUUGAACAUGGAUUGAAAAGAACUUAAAUAUCAAAUACAGCAAAUAGGGAGGCAGGCAAAGUCGUCGCGCAAGAUAUAAACAUAGCGGUAUAUUGUUGAAUCCACGCUUAAAGAAUCUAACCGGGACGGCCAUGAUUCUCCGCAUAAUAUGACGCUUUCGUCAUCUUUAUAAUAUACGGAGAAUAUAAUAUGUAAGAGGAGAAAUAGUCAUUCGGGACGUCAGCAUAAUAAUAUAAAAAUGCUCAAGACACAUAUUAAUAUGCAAUAAUGGUUUAAGGUCAAACAAAUCAUAUAAAGAGGGUUACAUGCUGAUCUCUUAAAACCAAAUUAAGAUUAAGAAAAUGAUAAUUUAUUCUUAGUUAUGGAUUAACAAGUGGGUAAUGUGUUCAUCAAUAACUUUCCACAUUGGAUUGGAUGUGAAUAUAUGUGACACAUUUGUCAUUGCUAAAAAGAUUGGUAAUAAAAUUAAUAUAUUCAUCUCUAAUCAUAAGGGCUAAUACGUCAUAGCUUUUAACAUUUUAAUAGUUUUUUCGUCUUUAUAAGAUAUAGUAGUGAAAUACAUUUGAAAUGCGAAUAUUUUGUGAUAGUUUUUACAUUUUAGAUGUGAUUGUUUUUAUAAGUUGUUGCUGCAAUUUUGUGAUUCCAUAUUUGUUAUAUAUAUUUAUUAAUCAAUAGUAAAAUUUGUUUUGUGAAACAUACAGUAACACUAAUAUAACUAAACGGUAUUAGCUUAGUAGUAAAAAAAAAAUUGGGAGUAAUGCGUAAAUCCGUCGAUUUUGAUUUGGUUUCUGUCGUAAACUAAAUUACUGUCUAUAUGGUUUCACCCAAAAUUAAAAUACUUAUUUGUAUUAAUUUUUUAGAGAUUAUUUGAGUCUCGUCCCAAAUAUCAACCAGAAAAUACACUUAACAUAUGAUAUGAUACUUAACCUUUUGGAUUUGAACGUUGUUAAAACAAAAAAACUUUCGGAUUUGAAUAUAACUGAAUCAGCUAAACCAAACUGAACCAAAAAAUUUGGUUUUUGGUUCAUUUUUUUAUCUUAAAUUUCGUUUACUUUGGAAGUUUUUGAAAAUAUUUAAGUCUUUUUGUGAGGUUCGGUUUUUGGUUAGUUUGUUGAAAAAUGAAUUAUCUAAAACAAGGGAAUCAAAUUAACCAAACUAACUAACGAAGGUAUCAGAAUUAAUUGGAAACCGAGAAUAUUAUAACCGAAAAAAACCCGAAACCGCAUUGAUACCCUCUCAAUGAUUCCUAUAAAAACAUCAUCAUCCUUUAAUCAAAAACUGCAUACGCAAGCACAAAAGCUCAGAGAGAGAAAAACCGAUUAGAUUCCGUGUCUGAGUAGACUUUCUCUCCUUCCUUGCAAAGCUUACGACUUUAGAUUUAAUAGAAUCUGCCUCAUUUCACUCUGCUCACGUAGCUUCCUAAGAGAACUCAAGUGUGUACGCCUCUUUAUCUUCUAUAGAAUCAAACCGAACUUUCUACUUUUAGCAUAAAGCUCAACUUUUAAAACUUUACUCUGUUUUCUCUCGCCGCAAACACCAUUUGUGUAGUUUUGUCGUCUCUGUUUUUGAAUUGUCUAAAGGUCUGUCUGAAACUCUGAACUUUACUCUCUUCUUUGUCUUUGUCUUUGCUUUGCUCUGUUUUUUAUCGCCGCAUGUAGUUGUCGUCUCUGUUUUUGAAUUGUCUAUGUUCUGUCUCAAACUCUCAACUUUGGUCUCUUUACUAUUAAAGUUUUGAACUUUUACAAUUCUGUGAGACAGGGCUUCUUGUUUUAACUCUUUUGUCUUUAUUUUCCUGCGGUGAGUUUUGUCUUCUUCGAAGUCAACUAGUUAAUUUGAUUUUGUGUCGUCUUCUUUGUUGUAGGAUACUGGUGGAGGUUUCAACUUUCAAGCAUCUCUUUUUGUAUUCAAAGAUCCUGUCUUUGAUCUUAACCAGUUCGUAUCAAAAUCAACACUUGUUAAUCAUCAACGAGAUGGAACAACACCCUUUUGCUUCCAGAGAAAAUGGGUUUGGCUAUCAAGAGCAUAUGGAUGGUUUAACCAUUGGUUCUGGUGUUUGGAGUUUCAUCUCUGAUGACAUGCUCAACUCCUCUCCCACCUCUGAGCUUAUGAAUUUCAACUCUUUCCCCACAUGGUGCAAUAUCCCUUUUGACACUGACAUGUUGUUCUCCCAGUAUGGUCAAGAAAUGAGCUCUCGGAGUCAUCAUCACUCAUUCGAUAUCGAUGAGCUAAGUGGUAAACGACGCAGUGUACUGAACUGUACUAUCCCCAGGUCUUUGAGCCACUCGUUAGACGAGAAGAUGCUAAAGGCACUAAGCUUGUUUAUGCAGUUCUCAGGUUCAGGAGACGGCGUUUUAGCACAAGUCUGGACUCCUGUCAAGACAGGAGACCAGAACAUGCUCAGCACAUGCGGUCAAGCCUAUCUGCUUGACCCGAGGCUCUCUCAGUACCGUGAGGUCUCAAGGAAAUUCACUUUUGCUUCCAAACCAAAUCAGUCUUCUUAUCCUGGUCUCCCUGGGAGAGUCUUCAUCUCUGGAGUGCGCGAGUGGACACCAAACGUGAUGUACUACAAGAAGGAUGAGUAUCUGCGUGUGAAGCACGCAAUAGAUAAUGAAGUCCGUGGCUCCAUUGCUAUACCCAUCCUUGAAGCAUCUGGAGCAUCUUGUUGUGCUGUCAUGGAGCUUGUCACAUCUGAUGAGAAGCUCAGUUUUGAUGUGGAGCUGGACUCUGUUUGCCGUGCUCUCCAGGCUGUAGACUUAAGGACAUCAGUGGUCCCUCGUCCUCAGUACCUUUCAAGUAAUCAAAGAGACGCCUUAGCUGAAAUACAAGAUGUUCUGCGAGCACUAUGUCAUGCACACAAGUUGCCUUUAGCUCUAACCUGGAUCCCAAACUCAGGUGUUCUUUGCAUAGAGGAGACCGCUUGUUAUGUGAAUGAUAUGGACAUGGAAGGCUUUGUCCACGCGUGUUUGGAUCAUCCUCUAAGAGAAAAGGAAGGAAUCGUUGGCAAAGCUUUUGUAUCCAACCAACCGUCCUUUUCUUCUGAUGUGAAGGCGUAUGACAUCAGUGAAUACCCUCUUGUCCAUCACGCUAGAAAGCACGGUUUGAAUGCUGCUGUUGCUCUAAAACUGAGGAGCACUUACACUGGUGAAGAUGAUUAUAUUCUUGAACUUUUCUUGCCUUUAAGUUUGAAAGGAAGCUUGGAACAGCAACUUUUAUUAGACAGCCUUGAGGGUACUUUGCAGAGAGUUUGUCGAACUCUGAGAACUGUUUCAGAUGUGGAGGCAACUAGCUCAACUCCAAGCAUAUUUUCUGAUAAGUCCUCUGAUAAAGAUAGUACAGGCUCUCAAGGCACUUGUGAACAGGAUAUGAGCAAAGCUAGAACAGCAGAGAGAACGAAAGGCGCCACAGAGAGGAAUGUGAGCUUAAGAGUUCUCCAACAACAUUUCUCUGGGAGUCUUAAGGAUGCUGCAAGAAGCAUUGGUGUUUGUCCCACUACACUGAAACGGAUAUGCAGACAACAUGGGAUCAUGAGGUGGCCAUCUCGUAAGAUCAACAAAGUGAACAGAUCAUUAAGGAAAAUACAGACGGUGCUUGACUCUGUCCAUGGUAUAGAAGGAGGACUGAGGUUUGACUCAGCAACGGGAGAGUUUGUUGCAGUUUGCUCUUCCAAUGGUAACAAUGCACAUGUUAUGGCUGAGGAUGCCUCAUGUGAGUUCUUGAAACCUGAAUCAGUCGACAAUACAAUUAAGUUAGAGGAUGAUAUCAUCACAAACGGAUCAUUCAUGGAGGUUAAUGCUAGUGAUCAGCCAUGUGCUUUGAAGGCUGAACAGUCUGGCUUCAAUGGCAGCUCUCAGGAAAUUGCAAGUGGCAAUAUUAUUGAGCCUAACCGGUCCAUGUCAGAUUCAUCACACGGCUCAGGAGCAGUUAUGCUUAGAAGCUCAUCUCCUUCCAUGGACGAUAGGAACCAAAGGAGAGCACACAAAAGCAAUAGCAGCGAGAGUGGAUCAGCAACGCUCACUGUAAAGGCCACUUACAGAGAAGACACAACACGUUUCAAGUUCGAUCCAUCUGUUGGGUGUCUGCAGCUCUACAAAGAAGUUGGGAAACGCUUUAGACUGCAAGAAGGGUUGUUUCAGCUCAAGUACUUUGACGAUGAAGAGGAAUGGGUGAUGCUGGUUACAGAUUCUGAUCUCCAAGAGUGUUUGGAGAUGUUAGUUGGUAUGAAAAAACAGACGGUGAAGUUUCUUGUUCGUGAUUUGCCAGCUGCUCGUAUAGGUAGUUCUGCUGGUAGCAAUGGUUACCUAGGAGCAGGUUUAUAACACCUACUGCUCAGUUAUGUCUUCUCCUGUGAAAGAAUGUUGUUGUUUUUUUGUCAACGAAAGAAUGUUGUUUAGUUCUCGGUACAUUAAUUUGCUUGUAGAAAAAGGCAUGAGUGGGAAAUGUAAUUUUGGUAUUAGUGUGGAUCAUGAUAUUGAUAUUGUAUAUGAUAUUCCAUCGGUUCCAAAAACAUACUUGUUUUAGAAAAAAAUUGUUUAAAAAAAGAAAUAUAAAACACUAAUUAUAAAUUUCAAGAAAAUUAAUUGAAUUGGUAAUUCUUAUUGGUAAAAUUAUGAAAAUAAACAAUCACAAAAUUAUGCAUUUAAUAUUAAAACUUAAUAUCCUUUAUAUAUUAAUUGAUAAAAACUGCAACAUUUGAAGUAGUAAUAAGUUUGUCCCUUUAAACAUGUAUUAUAUUUUUUUUACUAAACUAACAAUCAAAUUAUUAGUAGUGCCCAAGAAAAUAUUCUCCAUUUUUUGUUUAAAUAAAAGUUACGAAAUUACCUAAUACGAUUAACAUAUACAUUAAUGAUUUUGAAUAAUAAGGAUUUGAUAACAAUUAUUGUAUCCUUCCUCUUUUUGUUUAAUUUUAUAUUAUUAAAAAAUAAAAAAAUUGCCACAAAUACCACAUUCAUAGUAUCAUUUUUCAUGUUUACACUAAACACUUCUAUCCUCACUUUUAAGGAAGGGUACAAACAUUUUUACACCUAGGGUUAACUAAUCUAGACUUGGGGUUUAGAGUUGAAGGAUCGGGUAUGAUUUUUGGAAUAUGAAAUUUAAGAUUCUAAUAAAUAUAUAAAUAAAUUUAAAAAAAAAAUAUUUUAAAAAAUAGUUUCAAACUUAAUUUUUGAUUUUCAAAAAGAAAUUUUGAAAAACAAGGUUCGGAAAAAAUUUAUAAAAAGUUCGAAUUUGAAAAGGUAUAAUUCGAAAACAUAAAAAAAUUAUUUUUUAUUUCUUUAAAUAAUUAUUAUAUAUAUAUAUAGAAAACAAAGGUAUAUGAGUUUUUUUGCUACUUAAUAAAGAAAGUAUUUUUGAAAAUGUUCAUUUAGUGGUGGUAAAGAUGAAUAAUGGUAUCAUUAAAUUCCUCCAAAAAAUAAACAAUCACAUUAAUCAUAUAAUAAACAAUUUAGAUUUUUUAUAUGUUGUAUUUAGAUUUUUUUUUAAAUGACUAUAAAUUACUAAAACUGUUAAAAGUCUCGCACUAAAAUUCUUUUGAUCAAUGGUUUAACUCUUUUUUUGUUAUAACAGCAUACAAAUGAUCAUAAAAUCAUAUGCAAAUGAAGUCUCAUUUAAUAGAUAUUCAGAUUAAAAAUGUAUGUAUAUAUUUCAAUAUCGUUUAAAAUAAACAAUACACCAUAUACAAAUACAUAAAUAUGUGGCACUGAAAAAGUAUUGAGUCCUUAAUAUUUUGAAUUUGAAAUCUGCAUUGAAUUUUUAAAAACGAUUAUAAAUUUCUAAAACUAUUAAAUAUUUCACAAUGAAAACUUUGUGUUCAAUGUUUAAAUUUUUUGUUAUAGUAAAUAUACAAAUGUUAAUAAAGUAGGAAGCAGAUUAAUGAAUAUUCAUAUUAAAAUAUAUUAUAUAUCUAUGUUAAUAUCAUUUAAAUUUAAUUAUAUGCCAUAUAAAUAAAUAAAUAAACUGUUUUAAUUUAUUUACCAAAAUAUUAUUAUAAAUAAACAAGAGAUAUUAUUUUGAUUUAUGUAUUCACUCGAAUUUGACUAUAUACAUAUUAGUUAUUCUCUUCUCAAUUAUUUAAUAUAUUUAUUAUUUCAUAAUACUUAAAAAGCACAAAAUAAAUAAUAAUGUGCAAAAAAGAUUGUAUACAUUUUGAGCAAAACACGAAUCUUAUUCUAGUGUUUUAUUAGAGAGAGAGAGAGAGAGAGAGAGAGAGAGAGAGAGAGAGAGAGAGAGAGAGAGAGAGAGAGAGAGAGAGAGAGAGAGAGAGAGAGAGAGAGAGAGAGAGUAAUAACUUUGUAUAUAUCAGAGAAUAAAAUUUAGAUGUUUCUUUUCCAAAUUAGUAUGUAAUCACCUUUUUAGUCUCUUUUCAAGAACUUAACAAAAAGCAAAAGGAGAAAACACUCUGCAAGGGAAAUAGAAGGUGUCACUUGUCCGUUUGAUGUGCCAUAGUGUUAAGAAUGAAUUUAAGGAUCUGAACAAGAAAUUGUUGAUUGCGGUAUAUAUAUAUAUAUAUAGCUGAAGAGGGAAUGUAGAGAGAUGGGAUGUGUUUCAUCAGAAUGAUUUAUGGUUUCUUUUAGAGGCAUAUAUAUUUGUGAGAUGAGGGAUGUGGAGAGUUACAGGGCCUCAUAAUUUGAUGGUUUAUUGAAGAGCAUAGAAACUCCAUCAGAAGCAUUAUGCCGGAGGAGUUGGAGAGACAAACAAAUUCGGCUAUGAGAUAAUUCAAGGUGAUUAAGUGAUAUUAGAUAAUAUUAGAAUUAGGGGUGGGCCAAAAAACCCAAAAACUUUUGGAAAUGGGCUGGCUUUUUUAUGGAUCCGGGUGGUUCAAGGUCCAUCAGCUUAAUAUACGCUAUGACGUGGCUAAAUAAUAGACUUAGAAUAUUUCAGGUGAUGUGGCAUCCAUAUAAAACCAGAGAUUUACUUUCUUUUAUAUAGUUAAAUGGUUGGAUGAGAAUAAUUCAGGUGAUGUGACACUCCUAAAAUCAGAUAUUUGAAGAUAAAUAGCAUAGUACAAGUUGAUUAACACAUACCUUAACCCAAAAGUAAAACAGAGAAUUGAGAGAAGAAAUAUAGACAGAGAAGUUAGCCAUGGAUACGAAGUCACUUUCUUUCUUCGCCGUAUUUUUCAUACUCUUUUUGGUCAUAUUUGAGGUGCCGGAGAUAGAAGCUCAGCUGUGCGUGAGAGAAUACGUUGGUGAAUUUCCCUUAAGCAACUGUUCCGUUCUGGAAAUUCAGCUUUGUCAUACAAAAUGCCGUGAAAACAACGGAGCUAAAGCUGGGAUUUGCUAUGUGGCAGGAGAGGGAGAAGACGAACAGCGUACCGAAAGCUUUAAGUGCUUAUGCAACUUCUGCAGCGAGUACUUCUGUCAGAUCUAGGUGGUAUUUGAAUAAUCCUGCAUGUGUCAUGGUUUGUAUGAUAAUAAAAAUGAAAGUCGUCCAAUUAAUAAUAAAUAUGUGAAAAAGAGCCAGAAGUACCUUAAGGCCCACAUGGUUUGAUCAACA